GUGAAGACGUAAAAGAGAAACCAGAUAAAUCCUUUCAAAGCAUUAUGUAUACUGUACGCACAAGAGGAUAGCAUUUCAGACCAAGAAAAAGAGAAGGCCUGCAGGCAUGAAUGUCCAAAUGGAUCUGCCUUAAAAUGGACGAGCAGCAGAUGCAUGCCAGAAUGUCCAUAUCACAGGCCACUUGGAUUUGAAUCUGGAGCAGUAACUGCAGACCAGAUCAGUUGCUCAAAUGAAGAUCAGUAUGUGGGCUGGUAUUCGUCUUGGACCUCUAAUAAGGCAAGGCUGAAUGGACAAGGAUUUGGGUGUUCAUGGCUGUCCAAAUUUCAGGACACUAGUCAGUGGCUGCAGAUUGACUUGAAAGAUGUCAAGGUAAUCUCUGGAAUACUCACCCAAGGUCGUUGUGAUGCUGAUGAAUGGAUGACCAAAUAUAGUGUUCAGUAUCGCUCUGAUGAGAAUCUAAACUGGGUGUACUACAAAGACCAAACUGGCAACAACAGGGUGUUUUAUGGAAACUCAGAUAGAUCAUCAUCAGUGCAGAACCUGCUUCGUCCACCCAUCAUUGCCAGGUACAUCCGGCUCCUGCCACUGGGUUGGCACACACGUAUUGCUGUACGCAUGGAAUUGCUGGAGUGCAUAAGCAAAUGCCCCUGA